AUGGCAGAUUCAUUCCAAAUGGCCAACUAUAUCUCGUUAUGUGUGUGGCUACUCUCACUUGUUGUGUUAGCAAUGUCUCAUGAAACUUACAUAGUUCACAUGGACUUAUCCGCUAAGCCCACCGCAUUUUCAAGCCACCAUACCUGGUUCUCCGCCACACUCGACUCCCUCACCACCACCUCAACCCACGUAACUUCUUCUUCAUCCUCCAAACUUGUGUAUAGUUAUACGAAUGCAAUCAAUGGGUUCACAGCCAUUCUAUCGUCAUCUGAGCUUGAGCUUAUUAAAAACACACCAGGUUAUCUUUACUCUAUUAAAGACACAACAGUUGAGCUUGACACAACUCACUCCACUCAGUUCCUUGGACUGAAUUCAAAUUCGGGUGCAUGGCCGGUUGCAAACUACGGGAGAGAUGUUAUCAUCGGGCUCGUGGACAGCGGAAUUUGGCCAGAAAGCGAGAGUUUUAAUGACCAUGGAAUGAGUUCAGUUCCUUCUAGAUGGAAAGGGGAAUGUGAAGUUGGAUUCCAGUUUAAUUCUUCUUUAUGCAACAAGAAACUAAUUGGUGCGCGUUAUUUCAACAAAGGGCUUCUGUCAAACCGCCCCAACUUAACUCUGUCCAUGUACUCCGCUCGUGAUACAUUCGGACAUGGGACCCAUACGUCGUCGACGGCUGCUGGGGGUUACGUGAAACAUGCAUCGUGUUUUGGCUAUGGAACGGGUACAGCGACCGGUGUGGCACCACAUGCCCGUGUAGCUAUGUACAAAGCUCUUUGGGAUGAAGGUGUAUUCGUUUCGGACAUUCUUGCUGCGAUUGAUCAAGCAAUCAUUGACGGUGUAGAUGUGCUAUCGUUGUCAUUCGGUAAGGAUGGACUUCCCUUACACCAGGACCCUAUAGCCAUAGCCACAUUCGCAGGACUCGAGAAGGGUAUUUUUGUAUCUACAUCCGCUGGAAACAACGGACCGGAUUUAAGAACACUCCACAAUGGGACACCAUGGGUUCUCACAGUUGCAGCCAGUACAAUAGAUCGUGAAUUCACGGGUAUCUUAACUCUUGGCAAUGGAGAUUCGGUUACAGGUUUGUCUCUUUAUCCUGGAAAGUCAAGUUUGAGGCAACUCCCAAUUGACUUCGUUGGUGCUUGCCAGAACAAUUUCGAUUAUAAAAAGUUUGAUCGAAAGAUUGUGGUGUGUUUCGACAAUAACAAUACGUUUUUUCAACAAUUUUUUAAUGUCAAAAGGUUGAAUGUUUCGGGAGCUAUUUUCAUCACGAAUACCACUGGUCUCGAGCUCGUCAUGCAAAGUAAAUAUCCAGCCUUGUUCUUGGAUCUUGAAUCAGGAAAAACUGUCAUGAACUAUUUGCAAAAACUGAAGAAUGAGGAAGCGAAAGCGAGUAUAAAGUUCCAUGGGACACAUCUCGGGACUAAACCAGCACCAAGUGUGGCUAGCUAUAGUUCAAGAGGCCCGUCUUGUAGUUGUCCGGUUGUGUUAAAGCCCGAUAUCACAGCUCCUGGUUCACUAAUACUAGCAGCCUGGCCCGACAGCGUCUCACCUACCUUCAUCCAGAAUGAUUUUGGAACAGAAGAGAAACUGUAUAGUAAAUUUAAUAUUGUAUCAGGCACUUCUAUGUCAUGCCCUCAUGCCAGUGGAGUAGCAGCUUUACUUAAGGCUGCCCACCCCGACUGGAGCCCGUCCGCCAUCCGGUCAGCCAUGAUGACUACCUCGGACAUUUUAGACAAUACACAUAAACCAAUUCAAGAUAUUGGUGACUACAACAAACCAGCAACCCCUUUAGCCAUUGGUUCAGGCCAUGUUGCGCCCAACAAGGCCUUGAACCCUGGACUUGUAUACGAUGUUGACCCGCAAGAUUAUGUUAAUCUCCUUUGCGGGUUAAAUUAUACAAAGAUUCAAAUCCAAGCAAUCACAAGAUCAUCUAAUUUCAAUUGUUCCAACCCGUCCUUGGACCUAAACUACCCUUCGUUCAUUGCCUUUUUUAACGUGAACAACUCAUGUUCUGAUAAAGUUAUUCAUGAGUUUAAACGUACAGUGACAUAUGUUGGGGUAGGAAGAUCUAGAUUUACCGCGACACUGACAACAGUUGGUGGAUUAAAUGUAAGUGUUUCUCCGGUUAAACUGAGUUUCCGAUCAAUGAAUGAGAAGAAAAGCUAUAAGUUACUAAUAGAAGGGCCCUAUAAGUUGGAAGAUGAAGUAGUUUUUGGUUAUUUGAGUUGGAUCGACCGUAAGAUAAAGUUUGUAGUCAGAAGUCCAAUUGUUGCUACCAGCCUACCAAGCAUAGCAGAUACAUUCUAA